AUGGUUGACUAUGCCAACUGGCUCAAGUCCGUUUCCGAUGACACUAACAUUGGCCGUCUGUCUAUUCCAGGAACCCACAACUCUGCUGCGUGCCACACUGCCCUUCCUUCGGUCCAAUGUCAGGGCGCAUCUGUCACCAAACAGCUGGAGAACGGUGUCCGAUUUCUGGACGUGAGAUUGUCUCGCAACUUCAUUACAACGCACAGCGACGGCAAGCAUAGGAACGACCUGAUUGUAAUUCACGGCAAAUUCCCUGUCAAGCUGCUCGGAUCUGUCAAGUUCAGCAAGGUUCUGGGCGAGGUGUAUAAGUUCCUCGACGAUCAUCCGUCGGAGUUUGUGAUUUUGUCCUUGAAGCAAGAGGGCACCGGCAGCUGGGACAACCAGAACGACGAGUUUGCCAAUGUCAUUAACGACCGAUUCAUUUCGAGAAACAAGGACAAAUGGUACCUGCGCACUGAGCUGCCAGUGCUGAGAGACUGCCGAGGCAAGGUUGUUCUGUUCAGACGUUUUGGUGUCCAAAGUCGGGAGAAGCAAGAGCGUCUGGGUAUCCCCGCCGCAUCGUGGUCAUAUAACACCACUGAUGACGACAGAGGAUGUAUUAGGGUCCAGGAUUUUUGUGAGAUCAAGAGCGAGCAAGAUAUUCCAAAGAAGGCGGAGUACGUCAAAAACAUGAUCAACACUGCCAAGAGCUACAAUAGCAGCAACAGCGACCCGAAGCUGUUCCUCAACUUUUGCUCGGGAUCCAACUUCUUUGACCACGACUGCUGGCCACGGAAGGUCACCGAGCGUCUGAUGGUAGCAAACAUAGACGAGUGCUACGGCAAGGGAUGUGGUACAGUGAAUUUGGACUUUAGUGAAAAGAACGACUGGAAAUUAGUCAGGAAGCUUGUCGACCAGAACUUCUAG